CAGUCUUUCAAGCUCAGCAAGACGCACACGGACAGCGACUUUCCCACGCUCGCAUUCAUCAAGCCCCCAACGUGGGAAAGUUCGCAUCCCUUUUUCGCCUCCCUCGCUCCGCUCUCGAGAGAGGCUUCCUUAUACAUACAGCCCUCGCGUCUCGUCGUCAGUCAUCCCCAUCUUGGGUCCAUCUUGAGUAGCUCAGUUUCGCUUGCUACCAACGUGCGGCUAGGCUACCUCAGAAAUGAAGUUUGGCCGUACGCUCAACCAGUACCAGGUUCCGGAAUGGUCUAGUCAAUACCUGUCAUACAAGUCGCUCAAGCGGCAAAUAGGGCAAGCGAAGCGGUCGGGGGACACUAAAGGAGCCGACAAUGCGGAGACAAAAGCUCUCGUCGAUGCGUUCAUAUCGUCCGUCAAUCUCGAAGCCAAGAAAGUCAAUGCGUUCUUCUUGAGCCAGAGGGCUAUCACUGAGCGAAGAAUUCGAUUCACACAGGAUAGGCUCAGUAAAGCAGACGAUCAGACAUUCGUGGAUGAUGAGCUGAUUGAAACUAUCAAUGAGAUUCGGGUCUAUCUGUAUCUCGUGCUGAGAUAUGCCGAGAUGAACAAGACCGGGUUCAGGAAGAUUGUAAAGAAAGCCGACAAGCAGCUGUCAAUGGACCUGAGCGAGGACCUCUGGAUCAAUAAGAUUGGCACAUACCCAUUUUGCACCGACACGUCAAUGGAGGCGAUGCUGCAGCUUGUGGACAGUCUCCACGAUAGGGCAAAUACCUUGCGGCAAAAGGCGUCUGAGAACGGAACACAUGUGCCGACUGCUGCCGAAGGCGGCUAUCCCUAUCCGGAGGAAGUGCACGCGGCCCUGGAUAUGGACAAUGUCUCUGCACUGCGGACUGUGCUGGAGAAAGUCAAGGAGGCGGGUACGGAAGGCGGAAAGGAAGAAUCCGCCCGCGCCGCAAUCCUUUGGAAAGCCUGCCAAAAGAACGCCCUAAGCUCCAUCGCCCUUCUCCUCCAAUCCCCACACCUCGUAAGCGUGCCUAUCUACAACGACAUCAACCACCGCUCCCUCCUACACAAACUCGCCAUCCUCGGCGCCGCGCUCAAACCCAAAGGAGAAGUUGAAGGCACCCCCAACCUGAUCGAACGGGACGAUCCGACCUUGUUGAAGUAUGUGCUGUCCCGCAUACCGCAGGACAUGGCGGAACAGGCGUUACGCGUGCAGGACUUUUUUGGACGGACGCCUUUGCAUUAUACGGCUUUGUAUGGGCUGCAACGGACCGCGCAGGCGUUGUUGAGCUUCUUACCUGCCGGGUCAUUGACCGGGAGCUGGGUGGAUGAUGACGGGCACUCGCCGAUGUUUUACGCGGUUGUGCGGGGUUUUGUGGAUGUGGUCAUUGUUUUGAUCGAUCGCUGGGCGGAUGUGGAUGAUAUGGGAGAUGCGGUAAACAACGCCCAAGCCGUCUCGCAAUCCCUCACACCCGCCCAUCAGUCCUUCACGGACUCAUCCUCUCUGCCCCCCCUGAUCUCGUCCCGAUCAGUCUCGGCGCUCAUGGACGGACACGCUCAGGUCACCCGUAUAACGCGGACACCCCUCGCCCUGGCGUGUACAUUUGGGCAUGCUGCGGUGGCGCGGGUGCUGUUGGUGCAUGGGGCGGAUGCGAAUUGCAAGAAUGAAGAUGAUGAGACUCCGUUGCACCUCAGCGCACGGGGAGGCCAUCUCGACUGUGUUAAGUUGUUGGUCGGGCUUGUCGACAAUGUGGGGUGGAAGGUGGCGGAUGUGGAGGCGAAAGAUAAGAGCUUUGGACGGACGGCAUUGUUCUCUGCCGCUAUGGAAGGGCACAUUGAGUGCGCCAAAGCGUUAUUGGAAGCUGGGGCGUCCGUGAAUGUUGUCGAUGCUGGGUCACUCAACCCGCACGAGCAUGCAGUCUUCAGAGCCCACACCGACAUCGCCGCCCUCCUCCGCCCACACAUCCCCCCCUACCCCUCCCACCCCCUCCACUCGUCCCUCAGCACCGUCGCGCAAGCCUCCGUCGUCGAGCGCGCCUACGGCCACAAAUACCUCAAAGGCCAGUCCAUGAUCCGCGUCUAUCUCGGCUCCACCGACCUCCGCCGCACCACCUCCCCCGUCCACCUCGACGAGAAACGCAUACCCGCCCAGUCCGCACCAGGAACCUUUCGCCUCACGGUCUCCGCCCAAAACGCCACGGGCGACCCGGUGGAGUUCGACCUACCCAUGACGGAAACGAUCGCGGACCCGAUCGUCUUCCACGCCGACCGGUUCGACCAGGUCGUGUUGCAGUUCGACGUGCACCCAGCAUACGGGGACCCGACCAAGAAAUCACGACUGGUGGGCCGGGCGAGCGCGAUGCUGUCUACGGUCAAGACGUCGCUGUGGCAGGAACGGACGCCGCUGGGCGGGUCGGUAGAGGUUCCGAUCUUGAGCGGGCAUAGUAUGGAGAUUAUUGGAUCGGUGUUGUUUGAGUUUGUGGUUGUCAAGCCGUUUGUGCAUGGGAAUUUUAAGGGGGAGGGGAGUCGGACUUGGAAGUCGAAUAUGACCAAGGUGGUCGGCCACCGCGGUCUCGGCAUGAACAAAGCGGCCAAAGUCGCCGACGGCAAAGGACACCUCCAACUCGGCGAAAACACCCUGCUGUCGUUCAUAACGGCCGGCGCGCUGGGCGCAGAGUAUGUCGAGUUUGAUGUGCAGCUGACGAAGGAUCUUGUGCCUGUUCUUUAUCACGAUUUCCGAGUCUGGGAAACAGGCUACGACCUCCCCCUCAGCACCCUCACUCUCUCCCAAUUCAUGUCCCUCCGUCCCAACGAGCGGCCCGGGAUCCGGCGCACACCCACCUCCACCACCGCCACAUCCACCAACGGCAACAGCGGGCGGGCAACACCCAAUAUGCUGCGUCGCACGAUGAGCAUGAGUAAUGCGGCGGUGGAGGCGGCGAAAGCGGCUACCGGGGGGAGCGAGAGUUGGCCGACAAAGGGGAAUGAUGAGGGGUCGGUGCAGUUGCCGUUUGCUACGUUGGAGGAUGCACUUAAGACGGUUCCGACGAAAAUCGGGUUCAACGUCGAAGUCAAGUACCCAAACCUCCAGGAAGCGGAACAAGACGAAUUGCAGAACGCGGAGAUCAAUGUGUUCUGUGACCGAAUCUUGGAUGUUAUUUUUUCGUUUGCUGGGGAUCGGAACAUUUAUUUCUCGUCGUUCCAUCCGGAAGUUUGUUGGAUGCUUAGCAUGAAGCAGAACCACUACCCAGUCUUCUUCCUAACCGAAGGCGGGACGAUGACAACCACCGACAUCCGCUGUAACUCCCUCGUCGAAGCGGUGCGUUUCGCCUCCCGCGCCGGGUGCCUCGGCAUCGUCACGCACGUCGGGCCCAUCCUCGAAGCGCCGGCGUUGAUUCGCGCGAUCAGGGAGAGCGGGUUGUUGCUGUUUACGUAUGGCGGGAUGAACAAUGAGGUGGGGAAUGUGGAGGUGCAGAGGAACUAUGGGGUUGAUGCGGUUAUUGUGGAUAAGGUCAAGAGGGUGUUUAAGGCGUUGAGUGGGGGUGGGAGUGAGGGACAGCGGGGGUAGGAUAGAGGACUUUUGAUGGAGGUUUUUUUUUUUUUUUGAGGCGGAGAGGAGUAGGAUGAUGCAUGUAGGAAGGGGAGAAGGAGCGACGUUUUUUUGAGUAGAUUCGUGUACUUUCUUUUUGUUUGCAAACGGACGG